AUGUCGAAAUCAGCUACAUCGACUCCCGUCAAGAAGGCAACCGCGACACCAUCGACGCCUUCACAGCCGGCAGCUCCUUCGCCCCUUCCAGCAAAGUCGACGUCUUGUUCCUCGAAAGCAGCCUCUGCAGAAGCACCGGCACCACCACCCUCUCAGAUCGCCGAGCCGUCGACCAGCAAUGCAGCGACGGCCACCAAUAGCUCUGGCAAGAAUCGAACCCGCAAGACAAAGAAACGCAUCUCGGGCUCGAAAGAACGCACCGCCGAGUUCUUGCCCUUUCAGACCAUCGGUGAAGGCCGUGUUUCGCGCCUUCCCGUCGUCUUCACCCGCGAUGCCGACUACUUCUUCUCCGUCUCCAAGACUUCCGUCCGCAUCUACUCGCGUACGACAGGACAGGUCGUCUCGACGCUCUCCAAUGGUCCGGGCUCUCACUUCGCCGCCAUCACUGCGAUCAUGAUCAACCCUGCCAACCCAUUGCAACUCCUCACCGCAUCACUUGACGGUCGUGUCAAGCUCUGGGACUUUUUGGACGGUGUCUUGCUCUCGUCUUUCGACCUUCAGCUUCCCAUCUCUGGAAUGGCAGCACACGCCUCCAACCCCAACACUGUCUAUGUUCUCCUCAAAAAGUACCGCCACCGCGACGCAGAGAUUGCGCCAAAGAGCGUCUCCGAGAUCCUCGCAGCCUUAGAAGACGGUGCGCCUUUCAACAGCAUCAUUGGUUACUUCAGUAUCAACGUCUCUGCCCAUUCUCAUACCUUCACCGCUAUGCCCAAGUUUUUUCGAGGCGCUUCCAUUCGACCUGAAGUGUUGCGAAUCGGCAAGACCCGCGAGGCUGUGUCGAUCGGUGUUUCUCCCAACGGCGAGUGGCUUGUCGUCGUCGGCAACGACAAGGUGCAGGUGGCGAGAACGAAUAACCUCGCUUCAGGCUUCACAAGGUUCAUCUCGUCACACCCUGGAGCACAUCAGCAGCAAAGAGAGUCGAUGACUUGCCUGGCUUUUCAUCCGACCGACUCGACCCGACUCGUCACUGGCGACUCUUCAGGACGCAUUCGAGUCUGGUACUGCUUGCAGAAGAACUUCAUGGCUCCUUCCAAAGCCGAAGCCGAUGACGGCAUGGAGAGGCAUGCACCCUCGACUGUGCUUCACUGGCACGCGCAUGCUGUCUCGUCGCUCUGCUUCUCGCCUAACGGUGCACACCUUCUCUCAGGAGGUGAGGAGGGUGUACUUGUCGUCUGGCAUCUCGGCGCUUCCGGAAAUGCAACUUCGAAGGAGUUCGUCCCCCGCCUUGGUGCUCCCCUCUCAGCCAUUGCUGUCGCCAACGGUCUCGAUGGUAGGGAGCAGGAGUACGCAGUCUCGCUCGCCGAUGGUAGCAUUACUUUCGUCUCAUCCAUGACCCUCAAGCCGACUCGGAGCUUCACUCGCAUCAAGAUCGAUGCCUCUCGCCACGUUCCUGGCGCAACAGUGCCCACCAACACUCCCGUCCCGCUUGCAGUCCACCCAGCCAGCCGCAAUCUUGUCCUCCUCGCCGGUCACCCUUCUUCAUUGCAGUUCUAUGACGCAAUCAAGGACGUCAACACCAUGGAGCUCGAGGUCGCUCCUUCCAACCGUGUCUCUCGUGUCGAAGACGAGCAGAUCGAGCCCACCCGCGUCGAGCGUGUCGUCUUUUCGCCCUUUGUCUCCUCAAAGACAGCAGAGCAGGGCGAGUGGAUGGUCACUUUCGACAGCCGCAACUUGUCCGACGUUGAAGGCGAAGUGGAGGUGGUAGCAGAGUCAAGCCUCAAGUUCUGGCGCUGGAACCCGGUCAAUCGACGCUACACGCUCAACACCCGCAUCGAUCGACCUCACCAGGGCAAGCGUCUCACUUCCAUGUCUUUCUCAACAAGCACGCCACUGCUUGUCACUACGGCCACUGACGGAAAGGUGCGUAGCUGGCACUUGGCUUCACGCAAGCUUAAGUCUGGUAAGAUGGAAAGUUACUGGGCCUGUCGUUCUGUCUUUGGGUACCGCGAACAGACGCCUACUGCCAGCGCGUUUUCGGCGGAUGGAUCGAUCUUGGCCGUUGGCCAGACAGGUAGCGUGACGCUAUGGAGCCCAGAAAGCAACCUCAUGUCGAUGGUCAUCUCGGCGCCUGAGCUAGCAGAGGGCGUGCAGAGUCUUGCCUUCUCCGGACGAUAUCUCGGAAUUGCCACGCCUACUGCGGUGCUCACUUGGGAUUUGAUCUUGUCGCGACAAGUGUCGAGAAAGGGACUCGAGGCUGGUCAGCGAGCUAGUCUUUUGCUGUCAUCGUCAUCAAACGCUUCGACUGAGUCUGUCUUCACUCUGGUCUCCUCAAGCUCCGCCAAUGCUUCUGAAACAAAAGACGCUCCUGCUCAACGAGCCAAGACCAUCAUUGAGCCAGUUUCUCGCGUCUCGGAUCGGGAGAUCGCCACUUCCUCUUCAGCUGGUGCCCUCACCAAGCCAGCUUCAACUUCAUCGACAUCGCGAGCCGUAUUUCGUGUCGCUGUCAACUCUCUGUCUCCCAUUCCUAUCCCUGCCGGAUCCCAGGGACAGGGACAGGAAUUUGUCGCAAUCAGCAACGAGAUGGAUCUCAUCCUCUUUUCUUCCCACCCGUCCGGCUCUACCGUCACCACAGCUGGCGCUACGGCCGAAAGCAUUCGAGGUAUCUCCAACGUCAAGAAGACCUUGUUUGACGACCUUUUUGGUCCUUCUGCAUUCCAUGAUGCACGUGACGACACAAACGACGACGACGAUUUGGCGGCAGUGGCGGCGGUGUCUGCUGACACGGCGGGCGGAGUUGGAUCUGGAGUGGCAUCGAUCUUUGCAACCGCACCCCAUUUGUUGCCUCCAGCCACGUUAUUGUUCGAUGCAUUCUUGGCAAAGAUGUUGCCCCCCGCGCAUACUGCAUCGAUUCCUGCUGCUACAGAUACAAACGCAUCUCUGUUCGUGACAGACAAUAGCAAGGAGGAAGAGGAAGUAAAGGCGAAGCAAAUUGUUACAACUCCGGGAAGCCAACGAGGCAUUUCGGACAUUUUGCGUUCAGAUACCGAUGAUCUAGUCGAACUGUUCACGAAACAGAUUCUGGUUGACAACGCCACCCAGACCUCGAACGAGAAGGCUUCACCGGUCAUGGUGAAUGGAACCAAUGGUAACGCCACACCGGCUAAGAAGGUUCAGGUGAAUGGAGCAGGUUCAGGCACGCCAAUCUCGUCGUCGAAGGCCGCUUCGGGAAGCGUAUGCAAGAAUGUUGCUCCGCGAACACCCAAUCAUCAGCAAGAAGGAGGAGGGGAGGAACUAGCUUCGCCAAGUAAGAGUUCUCGAAAGCGAAAGCACUAA